AUGACUGUUCCGCCAGCCAUGAGGUAGCAACGUAGCAACACCAGCAACACUGUGGGGGAGCGAGUGGGCUUCUCAACCUCUGCUAAGCCUAGUGGGCAGCGGUUAUUUAUUUCUGAGUUCUGUGGACCACUGGUCUCAGGCCUUUAGUAGAAAUAACCAAAAGAUGGCAAUGUCGUUAAACCCGCAGUAUGAUACAAUUGGGAAGACGUUCAUACAACAGUACUACGCCAUGUUCGACGAUCCGAAUUUGAGACAAAACCUCCUGACGUUCUACAAUGAAGAGAAGUCUUUGAUGACGUUUGAGGGGGAGCAAAUAUUUGGCCGUACGAAAAUCAUGGAAAAAAUUCAGGGUCUUCGGUUUCAGAAGAUCUGCCACCACUGUACUGUCAUUGACAGUCAGCCAAUGUUUGAUGGUGGUAUCCUAAUAUCGGUCUUAGGCCAACUGAAGACUGACGACGACCCGGCACACACAUUCCUCCAAGUGUUUGUGCUGAAGCCCAUGGGGGAGACGUUUUAUGUGGAGCACGACAUCUUCCGGCUAGCCUUGCACCACACGGCGUGAAGAUGGGAGCAGCAGCGGCCUGAAAGAUGUUAAAAACGAAAUUGCUGUUCUGCCUGUAUCGUGGUUCUUAGUAGCUGCCGCAGGUUCUUUGAUAACGACCCAGGAGACAACCCCACUCUGUUUGCUUUUUUAAGAUGCGAUUGUAUGCAUGGUUUGUAAUAAAUGUACAUUUUGCUCCUUUUCACUAAACGUCCACAGAAAACACAAUCCACUGCCACCAAUCCACAGUUAAGGAGCUCGAUGUACCGACCUCUUGUCUGCCUUGAUUUGGACUAAUGUUAUACUUACUAAUGCUGCAGUUGUGUAGCUUCCUAGCACAAAAAUAAACAGUGUCAUUAUGCCCCUGAAGCCUUCACACAGGUUACAAUCUGCAUCAAGGUUUGGGGAAAUUGACAGUUUCCUUUGUCCUUACUUGAUGUUUCGACAGUGGUGGCUAUACUAUAUCAAGGUGUUGACCUAAGAUCUAGUUUCAAAAUAAAUAUUUUGUGCAGAAAAGUUGUUACUGCACAAAAUAGUUCCAGGUGCAGCUGAUCCAUAAUUAAGGUUGGAUAUUUUGGUCUUAAUUUUUUGUUAAAUGGAGGAGGGGUAUUUUUUCUAUGAGCACAGGAAAAUAUGUAUUGACUUCUGUGUAUGGAAGUUUGUCAUCUGAAAAUAUUAUGGAUUAAUCCACUUGAUGCUGGCUCUUAGUGUUGACCCUUGAAGGACUGCCUGUGUAAGAUUGUUUUGGGGUUAGCUAAACGAGGAAAUGCUUUAUUGAGAGACUGGGCAAGAGAAUUACUUGGCAUUUUAACUGCAUGUAAACUUUGCCAGUGUGAAUGGUAUGAAUAUCCAUAGUAGUGCAGAGAGAGAGUUGCUCCUAAGUAUUCAUACUAUGGAGCACUUUUCAAGAAGUUUCAUAUGCCUUCUUAGUUUUUUUUUAGGAAAAGAUUGGUUUCCUAUUGAAAUGUGGUCCGUUCUAGGCUGUGACUGUUAGAAUUGCAAGUAUUGCUUUUGUUUGACUUUUUUUAGUGACAGUGCCCAGUUUUGGCACUAGUGUUCAGUCAUACUGAAUAGGUAUGUCGCAUAGUGCAUGCCAUAUUGUGAAAUUCGCGGAGACUUGGAUUUUUCUGAAAUUGUCUCUAACCCUUAACCUGUUUUGCAUAAAUUGUUGAAAUAUUUCUGGUCA